AUGAGGUCAUCUGAUGACGCUAGAAAUGUAAACACGCGUCGUGGAGCAUGCCUCGAUGAGUCCGCCGCGACUAUCGAGUCAGCGUUUUCACCUACGACCGAUGCGGUGACGCCGAGAGCCGACGUCGUUCCUCGUCCCGCGCCCCCUGCUCGCACACCGCGAGCGCCCGCACCGCUGCAAGUGGAAGCAGCACCAGCAAAGUCCGCGGUGCUAUUAAAGCGCCAGGAUUUUGCCACCGUCGCCGCUAAAAAACCAACUGCUCAGCGAAAUGAGCCUAAAGUGACUCUGAAAAUGACCCCUAUGUGUACAAAGUCUGCUAACCGUGACGAUGAUGGUUUUGUCACGAUGUCAUCAAAUAAUAAGGACUUUUCAUCUGGUUAUCGGCUAUCACACCCACCUACUGGUGAAGAGGUCUACAUUACCGGCAUAUCUGGUAGUUUUCCAGACUCCGCCUCCGUCAUAGAACUGCAGGAAAAUCUAUUUAACAAGGUAGAUAUGAUAUCGGAUGAUGACAGACGAUGGGAGUACGCCAACACUGAUGUACCCCAUUGUAGUGGAAAGAUAAACAAAUUGAACAAAUUUGAUGCAUCCUUCUUUAAAGUCAAUUACAAAGAAGCGCACGCUAUGGACCCAAUGGCCAGGAUUCUUCUAGAAAAGGCGUAUGAAGCUAUUUUCGACGCUGGUAUGAACCCCAAAGAGCUGGAAAACACAAAGACAGGAGUGUUUAUUGGUGUUUGUGUCUCUGAAGCUCAAACGAGUUUGCUCUACAACAGAAUGCAUGUCAACAAUUACGGUGUUAUUGGGAGUUCCAAAGCUAUGUUUGCUCACCGUAUCUCACGGUGGCUCAAGGUUCAAGGUCCUGCUUACAACAUGGAUUCAGCUUGUUCAAGUUCCUUUUAUGCACUAGACCAUGCAUUUGCAGCUAUUCGAAAUGGACAAUGUCAUGCUGCUAUUGUUGGUGGAUCUAAUUUAUGUCUUCAUCCUCAUAUGAUGCACCAGAUCGCUAGAAUCGGUUUGUUGUCUCCUGAUAGUCGUUGCAAAAGUUUUGAUAAUUCCGCCAAUGGCUAUGUUCGCUCUGAAGCUGUCACCGUGUGCUUUUUGCAAAAAGCAAGGGACUCUAGAAGGGUCCACGCUCAAUUAGUACAUGUGAAGACAAAUUGUGAUGGAUUCAAAGAUAAUGGGAUUAUGUAUCCAGCCGCUGAAGGGCAGAAUAUUCUGCUAAGAGAAUUCUAUGAGGAAUGCUCUAUCGUGCCUUCUACAUUGGAAUACGUAGAAGCUCAUAGUGGUGGAACACGUGUUGGUGAUUUGGAAGAGGCGAUCACAAUUGAUGAAAUAUUCUGCACCGGGCGUACGGAACCAAUAUAUGCCGGGUCUAUCAAGAGCAACAUAGGUCAUACUGAAAGUGUUAGCGGAAUUUGUUCUAUUGCUAAGAUAUGUAUCGCAUACAAUACUGGUUUCAUUCCACCAAAUCUACAUUUCAAGACUCCUCGUGAAGACAUUCCUUCAUUUGUUAAUGGUCGUAUACGGAUUGUAACGGAAAAGCAACCCUGGAACAGGGGGUUGGUUGGAAUUAAGAACACCGGUUUUGGUGGAGCGAACGCUCAUGCACUUUUGAAAAACGUGGCUCGAGAAAAAGUCAACAACGGCCUUCCAGAAGAUGACUUACCUCGCUUAGUGUGCGUAUCCGGACGUACCGAGUCAUCUGUGGCCAGAAUACUUGACCAUCUGCAGUACAAGCCAGUGGAUGUGGAUGAAAUCAAACUAUUACACGCUGUACAUAAUAAGGAUAUUCAUAGUCACAAAUAUAGAGGAUUCGUGUUAUUAGGAUCAACACCCACCAAAAGCAUACUACUAUCUCGUAGCAUACAAGAGUUUAAUGGUAAUAAACGGCCCAUCUGCUUCGUGUACUCAGAUGUAAGUUCGAAGUGGAAAGUCAUGAUGCAACAACUCCUUAGGAUCCCAAUAUUCUCUGCUGCUAUAGAGAGAUGUCACAACGCAUUAGUACCAAAAGGCAUCAACUUUAAAAAUAUAAUUACAGAACUAAAUACUGCUGCUUAUAAUAUCCUAAACUCAUUUAUUAGAGUCACAGCAUUUCAGAUUGGUCUCACUGAUGUUUUAAAAGCCAUUGGUGUCGAACCUGACUUUGUCAUUGGAUUUGGCGUCGGUGAGUUGGGAUGUGCAUAUACAGACGGCUGUCUUACAGCAGAGGAGACAAUCUUAGCAGCUUAUAGCCAAGGACUCGCACUAACUGAAGCUAACCUCAUAAAAGGAUCUAUGGCUGCUAUUGGCAUUGGUUACGAAAUGAUUAACCCAACGUGUCCAGAUGAUAUUGACGUGGUUUAUCGGAUAAACCCUAACUACAGCGUCGUGUCAGGACCGUCUAAUAUCAUAACAAACUUCAUAGAAGAGGUUUCAGCUCAGAAAUUGUAUGCUAAGGAAAUAUGCUGCGACAUUGCGUAUCACUCGCGAUAUAUUGCUCAUGCUGGCCCUAAUCUACGCAAGUAUCUGAAUAAAGUUAUUCGUUCACCGAAAACUCGUUCAAAACGUUGGAUCUCCACUUCGACCCCGGAAUCUCAAUGGAAUAAUAUCAAUUCAAAAUAUUCCUCUGCUGAAUACCACAGCAACAGUAUACUGAAUCCAGUUUUCAUCGAAAACUAUUCUCACUUAAUUCAAGAAGACGCUAUCUUCAUUGAAAUGGUUCCACAUGAUAUACUACAAGUUAUAUCGCAGCAGUCUCUAAAUAAUAACAUCGAUCAUAUAUCACUAAGCAAAAACAAUACGGAUGAUAAUGUACAAGUGCUAUUUACAGCACUUGGAAAAUUAUACGAAACUGGUUUGAACUUGCAACUAGCUAACAUCUAUCCGCAUGUUCCACUUCCGGUAUCACAAGGCACGCCGUUUUUAUCUCAUCUGGUAGAAUGGGACCAUAGUGAGGAUUGGUACGUGACCAAAUUUGAUAUUCAAGAAAAGAUAAAUGUGGGAGAACGCAUAGUCAGGAUGUCCAUUAACUAUAGUAAUGACGACUACAUGGCCGGUUACGUUGUUAAUGACCGUAAUGUCUAUCCGGAAGCCGGCUACUUGUUCCUAGUUUGGGAGACAUUGAGUAUGAUGAUUGGAAGACUGUACACUCAAGUGUCUGUGGUAUUUGAAAAUGUUUGCUUCCACAGAGAUACUGAGAUUCCCAAAAAGGGGAAAUUGGAAUUCAUUAUUUCAAUACAAAAAGGAAGCGGGCAAUUUGAGAUAGUUGAAAGCGGGACAUCUGUUGUUACUGGCCUUAUACGUAAACAAGAAGAUGUGGAGAAGAAAUAUCUUAAGUUACCAGCGCUAAUUGAGACCUCCGAAACUGACAAGCAUAUUAUGAACACUAAGGAUUUCUAUAAAGAAAUGAAACUUAGAGGAUAUCAGUACAGGGGAUUAUUCCGCGGAGUGAUUGAAACCAACGUCGACAAGACUCAUGCACGUCUUGUAUGGGAUAAGAAUUGGAUUACAUAUCUGGACUCCGUACUGCAACUUCAACUCUUCAGUCAGGACACACGCAAUCUAUACGUUGUUAAGAGAAUUGAGGAACUAUCCAUAGAUGUUCAAGAACACUAUAGUAUUUUGUCAACAAAUAAUCCACAUAUUCAGAGGCAAUCGUUGGACGGGAGACUUUACUCUUUUCUUAACAUUAUCAGAUCAGGUGGCGUAGAAAUUCGUGGGUUACAUACUGCGUCAGUUCCAAGGCAGGCAGUAAUAGAUGUCCCUGUCUUAGACAGAUACGUUUUUGUCUCAAAUUUUGGAAGAAUUGAAAUGAAGCUGGACGAUUGCCUACGAGCGUAUAUGCAAAUAAUUAUUGAAAACAUACAAGCAUAUAAAUUUAAAGUUGUUGAGACUGUGGACAAAGAAUACAAGGAUUAUAUUCUUAAACCUAUAAUAGGACAUAUUGGUAAAGUUUUAAAUAAACUUGUCUUUGUACAAGCUGAAUUGCUGCUAAUAUCAAAAGAAAAAAUAGAAACACCAGAAAAAACAAUCACGGUAAUCGAUGAUUUAAAAGGACUUAAUAAUGUUGUUUUGUUUGUUGGAGCAAAUUUAUUGAACAGACCACCUGUAUUAACCAGUGCUGUUGCUACUCUCCGAGCUAAAUCCUUUAUUAUAAGUAGAGAAAUGAAAUAUCCCAAUGUUAAAGAACACUUAGAAUUUGAUAUUAUUGCUGUUCAAUCCAUUGGAAAAGAGUAUUUAGUACUCUUAAGACAACGGGAAGUAUCUCGUACGACUAAGUUCAUCAAAAUUGGAAAUGUCAAUGACGAAACCUUUCCCUGGAUAAAAAGGGUACAACAAGAAGUGAAGAUUGCUAAGAAAGUUGUUCUUUACACGCAAUAUGAAGAAGUGAAUGGUCUUUUAGGUCUCGUGAAUUGUUUAAGGAAAGAACAAAGUGGCGACAUUAUUUCAUGUUUAAUGAUUUCUGAUCCUAUGGCUCCUAAAUUCAAUCCUAAUUUGGAGUUCUACAAAGAACAAUUAGAUAAAAAUUUAGCUGUCAAUGUUUAUCAAAACGGACAAUGGGGAACAUAUCGUCAUUUGCUACUCGAAGACACCACCGUUGCUGUUGACCAUGCGUUUGUUCAUACUUUCUCAAUAGGAAAUCUUUCCUCAAUGGCAUGGGUCGAAGGAGCCUUAAAAAAAGAUAAAUUUUCCAAAAACAUAAAUAAUGUACUAUUACAAGUCUACUGUACAGCAAUUAAUCUCCAUGACGUCUUAACUGCAACUGGCCGCAAUUCAAAUGUUACUGCCUCUUAUAACAGAGUUACAAAAGAAUGCAAACCAGUAAGAGAUGUUGUUGGACGUACCUCAAAUGGUUCCCGAGUGAUGAGUAUAGCAAAAAACUCAGCUAUAACUAACAUGGUAGAAUGCAAUAAAUUAAUUACUUGGAGUGUUCCUGAGGAAUGGACCUUUGAAGAAGCUGCUACAGUGCCUGUGGCUUAUGCAACUGCUUAUUAUGCUCUGGUAAUAGUAGGACAAAUUAAGCGUUCUGAUUCAGUCCUUAUUCACGAUGGAACAAGCGGUGUAGGACAAGCAACUAUCAAUAUCGCCCUCAGCUACGGUUGCGAGGUUUUCACAACUGUGGGGAGUUCUGAAAAGGAAACAUUUCUAAAAAGAUUAUUCCCACAACUAAAAGACACCCAUAUCGGAAAUUCUAAAAAUACAUCAUUUGAAAACCUAAUUUGUAAAGAGACCAAUGGAAAAGGAGUUAAUAUAGUGAUGAAUUCGCUUAAAGGCGAUAAGCUUCAGGCUUCCAUCAAAUGUCUGGGUUAUCGUGGCAGGUUCCUCGAGAUUGGCAACUUCAAUAGUAAUACAUCCAUCAACAUGUAUUUGCCAAAGGAGACCUCUUUCCACGGCAUUACUCUGGACUUUGCUUUGCACGAGUCAAUUGAUUUGAAAACGAGACUACAGGAACUUAUUCUAUCUGGAAUUGAGAUUAGAGCCGUUCGCCCCUUGACGUACUGUAUUUUCGAAAAAGAUGAAAUAGAAAGUGCAUUUCAUUAUUUGGCCGAUAAUAAACAGAUAGGACAGAUAAUAAUUAAAAUCAGAGACGAGGAGCUUACUAAUCAACCAGUGCAGCCCAAAUAUUCACCCAUUGACGCAAUUCCCAGGUAUUGGUGUCGAGAGGAUCAAGUGCAGAUAAUCGUAGGCGGUUUAGGAGGAAUAGGUCUAGAACUGGCCGACUGGUUCAUAUCAAGAGGCGCCAGGAAGAUUCUACUCAUUUCUCGCCGAGGAAUCAGUAAUGGUUACCAAUUUUAUAGAAUACGGGUUUGGACAACUAAUGGCGUUGACGUGCGAAUUUCUACUCAUGAUAUCACAACGGAAUCUGGUUGCGAGGAAAUGUUGAAAAUGGCCAACACAAUGGGCACCGUUGAAUCCAUCUUCAAUCUUGCUGUUGUUCUAAAGGAUUCUAUAUUUCAAAAUCAAACACCAGAAACAUUUAAAAUAUCAUUUAGACCCAAAGGUCUAGCGACAAUGCAUUUGGAUAAACUGUCAAGAAAACUAUGUCCAACGCUGAAGUACUUUGUGUUGUUUUCAUCACUUUCGUGCGGUCACGGCAACACUGGACAGACCAACUAUGGUUACUCCAAUUCUGUGAUGGAAAGAAUCUGUGAAAUCAGAAGGAAAGUCGGAUUGCCUGCUCUUACUAUUCAGUGGUGUGCCAUUGCAGAUGUAGGCGUGCUUGCUGAAAUGCAGCAGGAUGACAAAAAGUUAGAAGUAGGAGGUAUAUUACAACAAAGUAUUGCAUCAUGUCUGUUACAUCUGGAUAAGAUGUUGAAACAAGACAAUACAAUUGUAUCUUCAAUGGUUGUACCUAAGAAACAAGCUGUAGAAACAGAAAUACGAACUGUCACAACUGCAGUAUCUCAAAUAAUUGGUAUUAAAAACAUGCAAACUAUGUCCCGACAAAUACCCCUAGCGGAAUUAGGAAUUGACAGUAUGACUGCUCUUAACAUCAAAAACACCCUUGAAUUCGAGUUUGAAAUCUUCCUUGCUGUUCAAGAAAUUAGAUCAAUGUCUUUCACAAGAUUAGAUAAAAUCUCAGAAGCACUUUCUAAUGAUAUCAAUAAAACUGGUGUCAAUACUGAACCCGUAAUAAAAAACGGCGUGGAAAAAAUGGUUGAAAAGGACGCAAAUGGAAUUAAAAGAGAAAAAGAGAACCAUAACGAAAUGGACAUAAUGUUUGUACUGCCAGGUUUAGAUGCCAAUUCUACAAUGAAACUCAGCCGUAGACUGAAAAUUAAAGUUUGUGUAUUGAAACUAGAAAAUGGAGAACAUAACGAAAACUGGGAGCAAAUAGUGGAUGUGCUGUAUCAGUUAGCGAUAUCUCAUCUAACAUCUGGUGCCAACUUUUGGCUCCUUGGAUACAGUUUUGGCACCCUACUUGCGUUGAAAUUAGCCUGGAAACUAGAGAAUCGAGGUCACAAAGGAACUAUAUUCUGUUUGGACGGAAUCCCAAAUUUCCUGUUCGAACUCGCUUCUCAGAAAUAUAUUAGUGAUGACUUUAAACUUCAGAAUACCAUUAUUUGCAAGUCUAUAGAUUUCUUUGCUCCAAGCAAUGGCAUUACAGAAGCACUAAUUGAAAAUCUUAAUGAUAUAGAAGAUUUUAACAAGAGGAUUCAAUAUAGUAUCAAUACAACAUAUUUACAAGCUGCAUAUUCUAAACAAUACAUAGCAUCAACAGCACAAUUAGGUUUUGAGUAUGUAAAAGUCAUAUUUAAUAAUACUACAAAGAUUAAGAAACUGGAUUCUCCAAUAGUUCUAAUAAAGACAAAAGAGAAUCCUCUAAGUGUUUCUAAAGAGAAAUUUGGUUUGGGUAAAUUCAGUGAUAGAGUAAACGUUCAUAUAUUGGAUGAGAAUGUUAGUGUAACGGAAAAUGAGGAUGUUGUGAAUAUUAUUAAUAAAGUUAUAUAUAAUAAAGAAGAAUGGAUGAAAAAGGAUAUUGGAAGAAUUUAG